CAUUCCCCCUUCACGACUGUGCCCUAAUCGACUAAUCCUCUAAGUCUCCGAUGGUCCGAGCUUCCUCGAUUUCUUCUUGUUCUGUUGUUUGGCAUUUCUUCUUGAAGUUCUUGUUCUGCCAGUACCGAUUUCUUCUUGUUCCGAGUCUUCGACGGUCCAAGCUUGAAGCUUCAGCCUUUCGCAGUUCUGCCUCCGCGAUCUCUUCUUGUUCUGCCAGUGCCCGAGCUUCCACCAUCCGAGCUUCGACCGCCCGAGCUUCGACCAGACCAGGUGGUGGAGUCUUGCUCAGUUGCUCACUCUGCCUCUGCUCGAGCUUCGUCCAGCUCCAGACUCUAGCGUCCAGACCAGGUCCUAGAUCAGAGAAUCGACCAUAUCAGGUGGUGGAGUCUUGCUCAGUUGCUCGCUCUGCCUCUGUUCGAGCUUCGUCCAGCUCUAGACUCCAGCGUCUAGACCGGGUAUGAAGAAUUAACCUCAGUCGAUUGCGUUGCUUUGCCUCUGUCUUGCUCAGUUGCUCAUUUACUCUACCCGAGCAAUCAAGUUGCUUUGCAUUGUUUUUAGUUGGAAAAUUGGAAUUGCUUGAGUUAUGAUUUAUGUUAACUUUUUAUUUGGGGGGUUUGAGUUAUGAUUUGAACCUUGAAUUUCGAUAAUUUAUAACGAUUUUUUGUGUUUUUAUGACUUAUUGUUGAUUUGUGGUAUUUAUUUGAAUGAACAAGGAUUGAUUUUUUUUC